AUGGAUUGGUUUCAUUGUAACCAGUGCUUCAGACAGGAUGGAUCUGAUUUUUGUGUCACCAGUUGCGGACACAUAUUUUGCAAAACAUGUGCUGGCUCAGAUAAAUGCCCAUCUUGUGGAACAAGCAGCAAAUAUUUGCUUCUCAAUGACAGUAUGCCCCCAGAAGAAAAAAAGUUUUUCAAAAGCUGUAUUGAAAUUGCACUUGGCUAUAUUGCCCAUAUUUCUCAGGUAUGGACUUUCCAGAAAGGCCAGAUGGAACUGUUGGCCUCUUUUUACAAAUACAAUGCUUCAAAGGCUGAAGGAGCCCUGCAGCAAGCUCAGCAAAAACUAACGACCCAGGAAAAGGAGCUACAGGCACUACGGAAGGAGAACAGGGAACUGAAGAAGAACCUCAGCUUCUUGAAGGAUUCUCCACAUCAUCUCCAGAGUAGCAGAAACAGCACACCAAGGCUGGUUGCCAUCACACCCCCUUUACAGGCAGUUACACCACGGACCAGUUUCCAGCACUCCAGCGAAGUGGUCAGCCGCUCCUCUUCCAUGGAUUCCAUUUCCUCAAGAAUCAGUCACCUACCAAACUGGCAACAUGCUGCAGGUGCCUCCUGGCAGGAUACUCAUGGCAGGACAACCUCGGCUGCCUUUAAUGCUACUCCUUCUCCAGCAUCCACUAGCAGUUUAAUCUACAGGGGUACUUCCUCCUCUUCCCACACGCCAGGCUUCAAUGUUGUCGCCCCACCCCCCACCAUGGUGAGACAAAGUCAGAGUGGCAACAACAGGUGCCAACAGGAAACCCCAAGCUUCAGCAUUUUCACUGAUCAGGUGGAAGGGGAUCGCAUGCCAGAAUGUCACAGCAUCGAGAGGUUGCACCCCAUACAGAGAAUUGGGGGAACACAGAACACCUAG